AUGAACAGUAUUGUUCGUAAAGAGCUUGAACAGUAUGCCGAUGAUGAGGCUCUUCAGUUCUCCAUCGAUGCUGAGGAUGAUCAGAACCUUCGUGUCACACUUUCACCACCAGAAAACACUCCUUACGAAGAUGGAAUUUUCUUCCUCUCCAUGAACAUCCCAGCUCAGUACCCAGCUUCCCCACCAUCAAUCAAAUUCGAGACUAAAAUUUAUCAUCCAAACAUCAAUGAGAACGGUCAGAUCUGCCUCGACCAACUCAAGAACGAAUGGAAGCCAACAUAUACCCUCAAGCAUGCUAUCGAAUUCAUCAUCUUCCUCCUCCAGAAUCCAAACUGGGAUAGCCCACUCAUGCCACAGAUCGGUGCUGAAUACGCUCAGGAUCCAAAACUUUUCGAACAGAAAGCCAGAGAGUGGACAGCCAAGUAUGCUUGCUAA